AUGGCAACUACUUUAAAACGACAUAGGGAAGAUGAUGCUUUCAAUCUGGAAAGUUUAACGGAUUCAUAUAUGCCACCUUCACAACAAAUUACACUGUCAAUGAUGAGACCGCAAAAAAGACGGGCCAAAAUGACACAAAUAAAUGAAGAUGAAGAAGAUGAUGGAGAAGACGAAGAAUCAGAAACAGAAUCAAUUGAUGAAGAUGAAGAUAAUUCAGCUACAGAAGAAAUUAUUGGUGAAGAUUUUGAAGCACCAGCUCAAGCAGGUAUUAUAGAAAAAUUAAGCUUGAAAAAUUUUAUGUGUCAUGAUUCUUUUGAAUUAGUUUUGGGACCACAGAUCAAUUUCAUUAUUGGUAGAAAUGGUUCUGGUAAAAGUGCAAUUUUAACUGGUAUAUCAGUAGGAUUAGGUGCAAAAGCAAAUGAUACAAAUAGAGGUAGUUCAAUAAGAGAUUUAAUUAAAGAUGGUAAAUCCACAUCAAGAAUAAGCAUUACCAUAAAGAAUGAAGGACCAAUGGCUUAUAAACCAGAAGAAUAUGGAAAAAAAAUUAUUAUUGAAAGAAAAUUAGUAAGAGUUGGUUCAAAUUCUUAUGCAAUUAAAUCUGAACUGGGUAAAACUGUAUCACUGAAAAAAGCAGUUUUAGAUGAUAUGCUAUAUAAAUUUAAUAUUACAGUUGAUAAUCCAUUAGCAUUUUUGUCACAAGAUAAAGCAAGAGAAUUUUUAACUACAGCUACUGCUAAAACUAAGUUUGAAUAUUUUAUGGCUGGUGCAUAUAUUAAUGAUAUACAUGAUAAUUUAGAUAGCACUGCUAGAAAUAUCAGAGAUAUUGAUAGUAGGAUUGAUCAAUCAAAAAUUUAUCUUUCAGAUUGUGAAACAAGUUAUAAAAAGACUAAAAAAGUAUAUGAGACUCAUAGAAAAAAUGAUCAUCUUCGAAAUAAAUUGGAGAAUAUUGCUGGUAAAGUUUAUUGGUUUAAUGUUGAAGCUAUUGAAAAGAAAAUGAAAGAAUGUCAUGAUAAUAUUCUGGAAGCUGAAAAUAAAAUUCAAGAAGCUAGAGCUCAAAUGGAAUUUGCUGAUGAAGAAAUAAGAGCUAAAGAUUCUGAAAAACAACGAUUAACGGAUGAUGUGUUACAAAUACAAAAUGACUUCGAUUCAAAAUAUCAAGAGUAUGAAGAUGCUAAAGACGUUAGAGAGUCAAUGAAACAUCAAAUUAAAAUGCAAAAUGAAGAAAUUGCUAAACAUGCAAGAGAAAUUAAAAACAUUCAGGAAGAUAUAGAAUAUACUCAGCGAAAACUAGAUGAAGAAAGAACAAAAAUCGAAGCAGAACAAGGCGGAUCAAAAGAUCAUAUGAGAGAAGAAUUAGCUUUAGUUUUUGAAGAUAUCAGAAAAUGUGAGGAUAAAUUAAAAGAAAUUAGCGAAUCAAUUAGAAAUCUCGAAAGAAAUCCUGAUUCAAGAUUUGAAGAAUUAACUAGUUCUAGAAGACAAGUAGCAGAAGGUAUACAAGAACUCAAACAACGUCAAGUAAAUUUGGAAAGGGAACAAAAUUCUAAAUACACUCCAUGGGGAGCUAAUCGUAUGCAAGACAUAUUUAAGUCUAUUAACAGUUUACAAUGGUCUCAAAAACCAAUUGGUCCACUUGGUAGUUUCGUUGUUGUAAAGAGGCAAUACGAUGAAUGGAAACGAUUACUCGAUGGUGCUUUGAGUAAACAAUUGGAUUCAUUUAUUGUUGCUAAUAAUCAAGAUAGGGUCAAGUUGGCCAAAAUUUUGAAGGAUAAUGGGUUAUAUUGCAAUAUUAUUGUAAGAAGAACUGAAAAGUUUCAUUAUGAAAGUGGUAAAGCGAGAGGAACAACUAUUUUGGAUAUGGUAGAAGUUAGUGAUGAAGCAGUAUUAUACGCUUUGAUUGAUCUUAGUGCAAUUGAAAAAACCAUUAUUGCUAACUCCUUUAAUGAAGCUAAAGAAUUAAGUAUAAGACCAGAUGUGUAUAAUGUUUUGAUUCAAUUUAGCGAUACUUCGGGGUCAAGAAUCAGUGAUUAUAAUGGUUUUCGACUGGAUCCAAUUAAUUACUCUGGGAAAAUGCCUAAAUUUGGAGCUUCAAAUAAAGAGGAAUUGUUAGAAGAUAUCAAACUCGACAUUCAUAGAGAAAAUCAAAAAUUGAAUAACAUCGAAAGACAAAUGAGGGAUGAAAAAAGAAUUUUUGAAGAAGAACGUACUAAACUAAAUGGUAAAAAAAGAAACUUAAGUCAAGAAUUAGCAAGAUUGAAAAAAAAUAGAACAGAGUUGGAAGAUAAAAUUGAUAAAGAAAUUGAUCAGAGUAUAGCAUUAAAAUAUGAACUGAAAAUUGAAGAAGAUAAAUCACAAAUUGAAAGAUUAGAAGGUUUAAAUCAGUCACUUGCAGAAGAUAUUGAACUGAAAAAAGGUAACUAUCAAGAAUCAAGAGAUAAUCUUAAUAUUUUGAAACUGUUAGUUAAUGAAAUGGAUCAAAAAAAAUAUGAUGCAACUAAUAAAUUAGAAGAACUUAAAGAGUAUAUUAGAAUUUUGGAAGAUAAAAAGAAGAAAACUGCAUAUAUUGAAACUGAACAACAAACAAUUAUUGAAAACAAUAGAAAAUUACUUGGUAGAGGUGAAGGUAAAUUACUCGAGUCCAUAACAAAAGCGAGAGAAUUUUGUAAUAGAGAAGAAGUUGAAAUUACUGAAGAUGAUACUCAACAAUCUAUAGAAGCUGAAUACAAAGAUAUUCAAUAUCAAAUAGAAGAAGCUGAAAGAAAUUUGGGGACAUCUUUGGAGGUAGUUAUAGCUGAAUUAAAAUUAGCUCAAUCUAAGAGAGAUAAUGCAAGAGAUAAUCAUCAACAUCUUGAAUUUAUUCAUCACAGAUUAGAAGAAGAAAUAAGCAUAAGAAUAUCAUUUUUAAGUACAACUAUAAGUCAUGCGGUCAAUUUAGCAAGACGUACAUUUGAAGAUGCAAUGGAAUUAAGAGGUUUCAAAGGAUCAUUAAAUAUGAAUUUUGGUGAAAGAUCUUUAGAACUUUUAGUUAAAACAAAACAAGAUGAUAAAACACGUACAGUUGAAUCAUUAUCAGGUGGUGAAAAAUCAUAUACACAAAUUGCCCUUUUAUUAUCAAUUUGGCAAGCUAUGAAUUCUAAAAUUAGAGGUUUAGAUGAAUUUGAUGUUUAUAUGGAUUCCAUAAAUAGAUCAAUUAGUAUUAAAUUAUUACUUACUGAAUUAGGAAGAUAUCCUAAAUCUCAAAGUAUAUUUAUAACACCACAAGAUAUUGCAGUUGUUGGAGAUUUAACUAGUUCUAAUGUUAGAAUUCAUAAGAUGUCUGAUCCAAGAAGUGAUAAUUAG